GGCGAGGCCUCUGUCGCCGAUCGCACAAUCGCCGUCAUGGAGGAAGAGCAAGUCGCCGCCAUGGAGGAAGAGCAAGUCGCCAAGCUCCCACAGAAAAAGUACUUCCGCCAGAGGGCACAUGCCAACCCUUUCUCUGACCAUGAGCUGGCAUAGUGAGUUUGAGCUGCAGCCGAUCAGUCGGGCCGAGGCACUGGAUGGAUCGCCGCACUGGGCGGGUCGUCCGCUGGCAGGCUAUGGCGCACAUGGCCCACACGACCGGGAGUGAGGCAAAUCCGCGAUGGAAGGCUCAUGGCCCCGCCCACACACAGCCCCGUCUUGCCCGCCGACUACGACUGGUCAAAGCACUAUCCGGCUUUCUUCAACGACCCCGAAAACCUCCAGUCCGUCGAGUUUGCUGACAUUGGAUGCGGAUAUGGCGGUCUCAGUGUGGCGCUGUCGCCGCUGUUUCCAACGUCGUUGAUUUUGGGAAUGGAGAUUCGCGACAAGGUCGAAGAGUACGUUCAUCGCCGCAUUGAGGCCCUUCGGGUCCAGAACAGCGACAAGAGCCGUGACGAGCCGCACUCGUACCAGAACGUGUCAGUCAUGCGGAUGAACGCUAUGAAAUUCAUGCCCAACUUUUUCAAGAAAGGCCAGCUCUCCAAGAUCUUCUUCCUGUUUCCCGAUCCGCACUUCAAAAAGCGAAAGAACAAGCACCGGAUUGUCACGCCCCAGCUUCUUGGAGAAUACGCAUACGUCUUGCGCCCGGGAGGCAUUCUCUAUACCAUCACCGAUGUCAAGGCGCUUCACGAAUGGAUGGUCAAGCACAUCGACAACCACCCACUGUUUGCGCGCAUGACGGAUGAGGAGCUCAAGGACGAUCCCUGCAUCCCAUGUGUUCGGGAGGACACUGAGGAGGGCAAGAAAGUCACCCGCAACAAAGGCGACAAGUUCCUUGCGGUAUGGAGGCGCAUUCCCGAUGAUCCGAGCCGGGAAUGGAAGGGCUUCCAGCCCCUCUUUGCGGAAGACGAGGACGAGGGCGACGAAUAGAGGGCCGGUCUCGAGAGCGUGGACUUGAUACAGUCUGCGGUGGUUUGAAAUCAAUAUAGGCUUCUUCACCAGUC